GGCUCCCGAGGGCGCCAGCGCGGCCCCGGGGAGUGCCAGGAGCCGGAGGGCGCGCGGCCUGCCGUUGGCCGCCUGGUCCGCCACCCUCGGCACCCACCCGCCCCCGACGUAGGGUCCAAGCCCCCGGGAAGAUGGUGUCCUGGAUCAUCUCCAGAGCCGUGGUGUUGGUGUUUGGAAUGCUUUAUCCUGCAUAUUAUUCAUACAAAGCUGUGAAAACGAAAAACGUGAAGGAAUAUGUUCGAUGGAUGAUGUACUGGAUUGUCUUUGCCCUGUAUACUGUAAUUGAAACAGUAGCAGAUCAAACAGUAGCUUGGUUCCCCCUCUACUAUGAGCUGAAGAUUGCUUUUGUCAUAUGGCUACUCUCUCCUUAUACCAGAGGAGCAAGUUUAAUAUAUAGAAAAUUCCUUCAUCCACUACUUUCUUCAAAGGAAAGGGAAAUUGAUGAUUAUAUUGUCCAAGCUAAAGAACGAGGCUACGAAACUAUGGUAAACUUUGGGCGGCAAGGUUUAAAUUUAGCAGCUACUGCUGCCGUCACUGCAGCAGUGAAGAGCCAAGGAGCAAUAACUGAACGUUUGCGAAGUUUCAGUAUGCAUGACCUAACAGCUAUUCAAGGUGAUGAGCCUGUGGGACAAAGACCGUACCAACCUCUCCCAGAAACAAAAAAGAAAAGUAAAUCAGGCUCCGGUGAAGCAGCAGGUUACGGAAUUCCACUGAGAGACGGAGAUGAGAAAACAGAUGAAGAAGCAGAGGGGCCAUAUUCAGAUGACGAGAUGUUAACACACAAAGGGCUCCGAAGAUCGCAAAGCAUGAAAUCUGUGAAAACCGUGAAAGGCCGAAAAGAGGUGCGGUAUGGGUCACUAAAAUACAAAGUAAAGAAGAGACCACAAGUGUAUUUUUAGCCAUGUACACAUCAAGUAUCCCAAGACAAAUUAUGCUAAUACAUCAACUUGUUUUUCUAACAUCAUAUAUUCAGGAUGUAUCCAUUAAAACCAUUCUUUAAAUUGUGGUGGUGAUAGGGUUUACUUUCAAUUUAAAUAGUUUUUAUUUCUUUAACAACUACUUCCAAAUCUUGACUACUAAAGGUAGUUAUGCAAAAAUAGAUAGAUAGAUCAGAAAUAAAAGAAAAUUGUGUUAUCUGUUGUCCAAUUCUUCAAAACAUUAAGUGCCUGAGAUAUAAGGUGAAACACAGAUUCACAGUAUACUUGAAAGAUGGUUCAAGCGACAUCAGCCUUUGUGAUUUUGUAUUGUGUUUACCUCCAUUUCUGUUGUAACUAUCAUAUGAGGAUAGUAAUUAAAUAGGCUUCUGAUCCAGCAGUGAUAGAACAAGGGUAUAAUAUAAAAUAUGUUUUAUAUACUUUUCAAAUUUUUACUUUGUUAAUACUUUCUAGUUUUCCCACCAUCCACUGAAAGUUUUCAAGACAACUAUUUGAAAACCAGGUAUCUACAUAGCACUUUCAUUCCUGACUAGUUUUGCACACUUGAAAAUUGUUUACGUAUUUUACAACUAUACAUUUAAGUUUUAUUAACACUGUCUUUACUGUUAUUUGUCAUAUUCUGACUUGUCAAAUUUAUGCCUUGAAUUAUAUCAUCUCUUUUCCUGUGAGUUUCAUUAGUUAUAUUCAUUUAAUUUUAAUAAUAAAAAAUAGAGCUCAUAGUUCAUUUUCAACUAUUUCUGCAUAUCUUUCAUACAGAUAAGUUCUUUAAAAUUUACCAGCUUCCCAUAUUUAGUUCUACAUUGUAGCUGAAUUUAGCAUGUUUUUGUUAACACUGGUUUCAUUUUCAGCUUUUAAAAAUGGUAGCUUUUGUGAAAUGGAAUCAGAGACCAGUAUAGCAGGUAGAUAUCUUCUAAUUCAUGAAAUUAACCAACAACCAAUCUAUUCACAAGCUUGGCACUGACACGGGCUGCUGAUUUAUAAAUCUGGCAUUGACUCUACACACUUGAAUCAUUUCACUUCUGGCUGAGAUAAUUUCCUGAAGAUCCAUGCCAAUGCAAAAUACAAAUGUUGUUAAUCUUACGUAUUAGAAGUUAUUAGAAUGGAUUUUAGAAAAUAUCGUGUUUUUAAUCCAAGAGAUUUUGAGUUACCAAACUUUGAAGCUUUUUAAGUGGCAUAGAUAACUAUGCAUUAUGAACCCCAAGUCAGUAUAUUUCUGAUGAUGGUUUUAGUAACCAGUAAUCAAAAUUGUAUCAUUAUACAAAUCUGUAUGAUUAUACUCUUUCAUAUAAUUUACUUGAUUAUUCUGUUUACCCAAAAGAAAAAAAAACAAUGAGAGAGAUUUGUGAGAUCUUUGACCUUUCUGCCUUUCAAGAAAUGAAGCCAGCUGGGAGUGUAUAUUCAGGACCCACUCUGAGUGUUGGUAAAGAACAGAAUGUUUACUCAGGAGUACCUUACUAUAAUUCAUACAUUUCUCUUCAUGCAAGUCUUAAAAUGUCUUCCAGAUUAUCUGUCUUCCAGAUUAUCUCACAUUCUCAAUAAGUAAUACCAUGUAAAAACUUCAUUGAAUUUAUUUUCCCCCAAAGUUUAAUUCUAUGAGUAUCUUCAUCUAUUUUAUCUUAACUAAUUCAAAAUUCCUAUGAAUUCUGGUUAUAAACCCUGGAAGAGAGUUUAACGUAGAUUGCCUAGGAACACUUGACUUCCCAAUAUAAAUGCUACAUGUGCCAUGCUUACCUUUCCUACACAAGGGCAGAGUCAUCUCAAAUUGCCUAACAAGGUCAUGUAAGUGACUUUGUAUCAAAAACAUUACUUUUAGGGGCUGAUUUGCACCACUUUAUUUUAUUUAAGUCUAAUUUCUGUAUUAAAAAUGGCUAUGCUUUAAUUAUCGUAAACUCACAAAUACUGUCCUAAAUUGGAGGAAUUAUUUAUCCUUCUACACUGCUAGAGUCAAAAUGUUUAACCAAGAGCAAUACUAGUUUCAAAGAGAUAAUGCAAAUCCUUCUAUUUAAUCGUGUCUCAAGGCUUCCUCUGAUAUAUUUGUUAUAACCUUCUGUACAGUCAAUGUCACUUCGCUGUUCUAUCAUUUCUAUUCUAUCCUUUCAUUUCUUACAUUUUGCUUCUUUUCUGUGUGUUUUAGCAUGCUUUCAUUUGAAUUUUGUAUAAUAAACUUGUACGUCUUUGUUUCUUUUAAGGUGGAACAGGUCAUUUUUUUGUUUCUCUGCUUUUAAGUCUAAUUCUUACAAAAAGAGGUGUGUUUAUCCCUAGACCACAGUGCCUUGCAUCCCACCACCACCAUUUGGUGAAUGGGCAUUAGAUGCUGCACAAGCCUUUAGAACACUAUUUUGGUAGCUAUUAAAGUUUAUCCAGAAACUGUACCUGGUGUCUCAGUUUAUUGUCAUUCAACUUGUUCCUGAAUAUUAACUAUUUCCAGGGUUUGUUUAGAAGGAAGAAUUGAUCUGUUCUUUAGCUUACUGUAUUUUUUUUCUGGUGUAAAAAUGAGCCAGAAAUAAGCCUUAUUGCUAAGUAAUUAUUUAAACCCACAUAAUCCCUGCAUAAGAUUCCCUCCACACACUUCACUAUAUGUAUGUGAAUUUGGAUAGAAAAUAAUGUUGCCAGCAUUACCAGUUUUAAAUACUUGACUAUACAGAUUGAUGGAAUAAAAUUAUUAAAAUGUUUUCAGGGAACUUAAUCCAUAUGUCACCACCAAAGAUUUCUACAGUGUUAUAAGGUGUGUAAAUGUUCCAAAUUUCUGUAAACAUUGGUUAGAUAAGAGUUUUUUUUUUUUUUUGAAUAACACAGUUUGUACUCUGGAAUGCUUGAACUUUUGUGUUAUUAAAAAUAAUACAACACUAUCUUAAAUAUUAGUAAUUUGUAUUUUUAAUUGGAAUAGGCUAAAUUUUUAUUUUGAUUUUUUUUAUCAGGAAAAAUAAGUUAAUAUGUACUGAAGAGCAAUUUCCUAUGUUUUCUUCUGUGUAAGUUGAUUCAUUUAAAAGCAACUGGGUAAAUUUUGAAAAGAUUAUUGUGGUAUGCAGUGUGUGUUUCUUAGUAAACAUCACUUAAGAAUAAAGCUUUCUGAAAGGAAAGUACAACUUUUACUCUCUUAAUGUUUUUAAGAUUUAAUCUUUUGGUAGUUUCCUACAGAUUUAAUGUAUAUUAACCCUUUAAACAUUGACCACGAAUUAACAUUUUCUCUUAUAACACCUUUUAAGUCUAUGUACUUUAGUAGUUAAGAGAAAGCAGUUUUGCAAGUUUUAAUCUCUUUGUAAAAGCUAUCUUUAGGCCCAGUAUGAGGAUAAUUUUACAAAUGUGUUUUUUGAAAACUUUAAUAUAAAAUAAACUCAUUUUACUAGUGAUAA